AUGGAUGCAAAGUCAAGAUUGCGAAAUUGGGCAGGGCUUUCCGAUUUGAUAGUCGACUUGAUUUUUCACAAGUUAUCUUCAAUAUCUAGUUGCUUACGCUUUGGUGCUGUGUGCAAGUCAUGGUUUUCCUUCGUAUCCAAGAAUUACGACAUCCUACAACAUCUCAUUCGUUCAAAUUCUAUCGAAGAACUCCCUCUGCUAAUGAUAUGUACCGAUCGAAAAAAGUUUGAUAUUAGUACGAGCUUAUACAAUGUGGUCAAAAGCAAAACAAUCUUUGACUUCAAACUACCGUUGUUGUCCGACACUUGGAGAUGUUGUGGCUCUUCUUAUGGUUGGUUAACUAUUCAACAUAAGUUGUACUUGUUCAUCCAACUUUUCAACCCUUUCUCUGGCGAGACAAUAGAUCUUCCUAGCCUUGAAUGUUUUGCCGGUAAGAUUAUUAUAACCAAGAAUCCAUCAAUAGAUCGAAAUACUUUUGAGGUAGCAGCAACGGUUAGGGCUUGGCAGUCUCACGAGGGGUUGGCUAUCUUAAAACCUGGUAGUAACACCUGGGAUUUCACUUGUCAUCAAAGUAGUAUAUGCGAUGUGAUAUACUACAAUGAGAGAUACUAUGUUGUUACUGAUGAAGGCAUUGUUUUAACUAUAGACAACACUAGUCUGGAAUUAAAGGAGAUUAUUCAACAUCGGUCAAUUAUGGAGUCAAGUGAUCAUUCUUUCAUAAAAAAUUAUCUCAUAAAGACUACAACUGACAAGCUGCUAAGGGUUCAAAUAUCUUUUCCAAGAGAUAAUAAGCCAUCAAGUGUUAAGAUUUUCAAGUUCAUCGCAAGCCAAUCAAACACCCAACGAUCCACGUCUGAAGAGUUGGACGACUUGGGGGAUGAAGCGUUGUUUUUGUGUGACCAUUGUUCCAUAUCUGUUUCGGCUUCCAAAUUUUCGGGAUGUAAAGCCAAUUCUAUAUACUAUAUGGACAAUGGCUUACCCCUUGAGUUGCCAGGAAAUCAUGAAUACAUGAUAGACAUCAUUCACCUUCAAUAUGCAGGCGGCCUCAACAAACGUUUUUCAUUUACGGCAUCAACUGGUGGCAACAUACCAGCAUUAUGGAUAAUUCCCACCCCAAAACUUACUUAUUUUUAG